AUGUUUUCCAUGGGGGUGUCCCUGAUCACCCCUGCAAGCUCCACCGUGGCCCCUGAGGACACCUUCUAUCCGCCGUUGGAUUCAAUAUCGUACAUCACUGGUGGUGCAGGCCUUUCAUUCAGCGAAAAAUUCACUGCUCCUGCCGAAGGACCUGCAUCAAUGGUGUCUGCAGCUUAUGAUUACUGCGCUAUGCCUCAUCCCCAUCCAGAUCGCUAUCAGCCUCCACUACCAGUGCAGAAUCGCUCAGUGGAGGCGCAAUUGGUCUACGUGGAGUAUAUCCAACGACAUCAGCGUCGUACAGCAUAUAACAUCCUCCCGGGAGGCGAGGAUCAAACUUAUAAUUGUGACAAUGUUCAUCCCUAUCUUUACGCCGAGCCAGCAGCUGGCAGUCCUUCUUCAAUUGAAGCACUUGCGGUCUACGCCCAGACGUACUCGGAUCCCACCAACCCCUUUAUAAUAGACUUCGUCAACGGCUCCUGCCAAUAUCCGCAGCUUACUCUUGGUGGUAUCUUGAAUGGAUAUCAACAUGGACGAGACCUUUGGGCAGUGUACGGUGACUCAAUGAAGCUCUUACCAUCUUCCCCCGACACCCAAAAAGCUCUGCCGGGGCUGUCCUGCGAGGGAUUUUUGCCCAAUCAUCGCGAGCCGUUGCCCCUACACCAGCAACCGCCUGGCGUAGACACAGUCAACCAAGUAAUCUCGUGUCAAGCUCGCUCGAAAUUGCUUGCGAAGAUCCAAUCAACAGACGCGUGGAAGGAACACCUGGAAGUGACCAGACCUCUUCGCGCCCGACUUGCGCGCCUUUUUCGCGCGAACAUGACAGAAUGGAUGUCUACAUUCGAUCAUUUUGCCGAUAAUUUUCAAGCGAGAUUGUGUAAUGGAUACCGAUUACCUUGCAGUCGGUCCGACCCGUUGUCUUGCGUCACUGAAGAUGAAGCCGAAGUCUUUCGAGCAGCUGACUGGGAAUGGAACUAUUGGUGGCGUCAGAACCAGAAUGCCUCUCGAUACAUUCAGUUGACGGAGGGGCUGUUCCUGAAAGAAAUUGCAGAGCGUCUGAAAUCUACGUCUCAACGAACACUCGGUCGUGUCUACACCCAUAGCUUUGUACAUGAUGGCGACUUGGGGCCAGUGCUUGGGGCUAUGGGUAUCCAGCGGCUCCGGUGGCCAGGAAUGGGAUCCAACAUGGCCUUUGAAGUCUGGAAAACCAACGAACAUCAAUUCUUCGUCCGUGUGCUAUAUGGUGGUCACCCUCUCCGAACGGUCCAUGGCGACCUGGAGUGGGUUCCGCUCCCAGACAUUGUGACUCAGCUCAUGGUCCAUGUGCCGGACGACAUUGUUUCUAUGUGCAACGAUUCAUAG